AUGGACGUUGGAGAAAUUGUGAGACAGAUAGACGAUGAAGACGAGCUGAAGAAAAGUCUCAUCAGGGUUGACAAGCUGAUCGAUGUCGAAAUUGACGUGGGGAGGAUGUUGUUGUUUGAUCAGAAUUCACUGGACGAUUGCUUAACAAAUUCAAAACGAGAUCAGUAUUUAAAAGCCCUAACAAGAGAUAAUGUACAACUGCUUGUUAAUAAACUCUGGGAGUUACCAACGGAGAGAGUUGAUGAAAUUAUAGUAGCAAAGUUGCCUGCCCCAGUUACAAUUCUGCCCCGAGAAAAACGGCUACCUACAGCUAAAAAAGAGACAAAAUGGGAAUCAUUUGCAAAGUUGAAAGGAAUUAACAAGAGGAAGAGGGGUCGAAUGGUUUGGGAUGAGGAGUUAAAAAAAUGGAUUCCUAGAUGGGGUUAUAAAAGCCAAGAUGAAACGAAAGAUUGGGCUAUUGAGGUUCCAGAUCAAGUUGAUCCAUUUGAAGACCAAUUUGCCAAAAGGGUCAAGGCCAAGAAGGAGAGGGUGGCCAAAAAUGAACUUCAGAGGUUGAGAAACAUAGCCAGGAAUUCUAAAGGAAAAAUAAAAGCCAUAGGCCUGAUGCCAACGAAAAUGCCAAACGACAGAAACGAUCUGACGGUCCAGAUGACUGCAGCCAGAAAGAGCACUGCCUCCAUGGGAAAAUUUGAUCCAAAGAUCAAAAAUGAUACAAAUAAAUCUUCCGGUAAAAAACGAAAGUUUGAAAGCAACUUCAAAAGUUUGGAAAAUGAAAAGAAACAGAAUCUAAAUAUUCUCAACAAAUUGUCGGCUGCCAAGCCAUUGGUUGAUAAAAAUAGAGCUGCAAAUUUAGAAAUUUCUGCCAAAGAAGCUAAAAAGUUAUUUAUUUUUAGUUUCAUUUCUUAG